AUGGAGACUCUGAUUCCCACCAUCAACCGUUUGCAAGAGGUUUUCCUCACAGUGGGUGCGGAGAUCAUUCAUCUGCCUCAAAUCGUCGUGGUUGGAUCCCAGAGUAGCGGCAAGAGUUCGGUGUUGGAAAGCCUGGUCGGGCGUGAUUUCCUGCCCCGAGGCUCCGGGAUCGUCACCAGACGACCGCUGGUGCUGCAGCUCAUCAACGUCGCGUCUCCGGAGGAGCGACUCAAGACGGAAAAUGGAAAUGGGGUUAAGCAAACUGCACAAAACAGCUAUCCAGGUGUCAAAGCUGAAGAAUGGGGCACCUUUCUGCACUGCAAGAAUCAGGUUUUCACAGACUUUGGGGAAAUUCGUCAAGAAAUCGAAGCAGAAACGGAACGUUCAUCUGGCAACAACAAGGGAAUUACUCCUGAGCCCAUACACCUAAAGAUUUUCUCCCCCAAAGUCCUCAAUCUGACCCUGGUCGAUUUACCUGGCAUCACCAAGGUACCGGUCGGUGACCAGCCCGAAGAUAUCGAGUCUCAAGUACAGGAGAUGAUCUUGUCGUUCAUCUCCAAUCCAAAUUCGCUCAUCCUCGCUGUGUCUGCCGCCAACUCCGAUUUGGCCACCUCAGAUGCUCUGAAACUAGCUCGUGAGGUCGACCCAGAUGGUCGCCGAACCCUGCUGGUGGUCAGCAAGCUAGAUCUGAUGGACGCCGGAACAGAUGCUCUCGAGGUCCUUCUGGGUCGAGUCAUUCCAAUCAGGCUCGGCAUCAUCGGGGUAGUAAACAGGAGCCAGCAUGACAUCAACACUCAGAAGAGCCUGGGUGACUGCAUGAAGGAUGAGCAGGCCUUCUUGCAGCGCCAAUACCCAUCCCUGGCCUCUCGCGCCGGCUCGCGCUACCUUGCUAAAACGCUCAGCAGACUGCUUAUGCACCACAUCCGUGAAUGCCUACCUGACCUCAAGACGCGCGUGACUGUGCUCAGCGCUCAGUACCAGACGCGCCUCAACAGCUACGGCCAGCCUGUGGAGGACCACAGCGCCACUUUGCUGCAGAUCGUCACCAAGUUCGCCAGCGAUUACUGCAACACCAUCGAGGGAACUGCACGCUACAUUCAAACUUCAGAGCUCUGUGGAGGCGCUCGCAUCUGUUACAUCUUCCACGAAACCUUCGGCCGCACUCUACAGUCCAUCGACCCUCUAGGAGGACUGUCAGAACUCGAUAUCCUCACUGCCAUUCGCAAUGCUACCGGUCCACGACCUGCACUUUUUGUCCCAGAGGUCUCCUUCGAAUUGCUGGUGAAGCGUCAAAUCAAGCGUUUGGAGGAGCCCAGUUUGCGCUGCGUGGAGUUGGUUCACGAAGAGAUGCAGAGGAUUAUACAGCACUGCUCGUCGUUUAGCACACAGGAACUUCUAAGAUUUCCCAAACUGCAUGAUUCCAUUGUAGAAGUAGUGACUGGACUACUGCGAAAACGUUUGCCAAUCGCCAAUGAAAUGGUGCAUAAUUUAGUAGCAAUUGAGCUAGCUUACAUCAAUACGAAGCAUCCGGACUUCACGGACGCGGCGCAAGUCUCGGCAUCCGUCAACAGUCAGCAGGCAGAAGCCGUGGAUGCUAGCAAGCGCUGGAAGAAUGAGAAAGUCGCCGAGGAAAAAGCCCCAGCUGUGGGAUUUAGCAGUCCCAGCAAAGGGCAACCCAUUAACCUUCUGGACACUGGGGUGCCUGUGUCUCGCAAGCUGACUUCCAAAGAGCAAAGGGACUGCGAGGUCAUCCAGCGCCUCAUCAAGUCUUACUUCCUCAUCGUCCGCAAGACCAUCCAAGACAGUGUCCCCAAGACUGUCAUGCACUUCCUAGUCAACUUCGUCAAAGAGCAUCUGCAGAGCGAGUUAGUGGGUCAACUGUAUAAGCAGACGCUACUACAGGAUUUGCUCAUCGAAUCGCAGGACACUGCGCAGCAGAGGACGGAGGUGGCUCAAAUGCUUCAGGCGCUAAAGAAGGCCAAUAACAUCAUCUCUGAGAUCAGAGAGACACAUCUGUGGUAG